CAAACUUACGCCAAGGCGGCAAAGGAACUCCUGGGACAGAGGAUACAUUGAGUUCGGCCAGACACUUUGCUUUAUCGAAUAGCUAUGGCCGCCAUCUCCGAGACAAAGCCAGAGAAGAAACCUGAACUGGAUCACGAUGUUACGCAGAAGAUCGAAAACUUGGAUUCUAUCGGACAAGAUACGAACACCGGACUCGAAUACGAGUCUUUAUCAGAUUCUGACGGAGAAUUCGGCGGAUAUCUGGAUCUUUCUCCUAGAGAUCUUGAAAGUGAAGAAACUGUUGAACUCUGUAAGCUGGCACUUUCCCAUUACCUGGAAAAACACGUAGGAGAAGCUUAUGAGUUCGUGAGAGUUGAAAGCGGACGCAUGUGGUUUAGUGUGGUGACCUUUUAUGAGCUACGGUUUUAUGCCAAAAAUCUUAGGGCCAAUAGUAAUCUGCAUACCUUUGAAGCUAGCGCACAUACGUAUUAUUGGGAUAAACCUGAAGAAAAAAGUGUGCAGAAUUGUGUGCUACUGAAAUGGGCGUGGCAGGGGAUUGCUGCUCGGCAUAUCCCUGGCAUGCCUGAAUCAUCUAUUGACAUCCUCAACAACAAGGAAGCUGCAAAACUGGUUGAACUAAGCAAAUUUGCCCUAUCAGAUUACCAGAAUAACCAUCCAGAAGAGUCUUAUGAGUUUGAGAAAGUGUUGAAGGCCAAGUAUAGGAUUUACUGUGGUGUUGAGUAUAACAUUCUGUUUCAAGCCAAGUGCGUGUGGACUGAAGAUAGAGCAACAUUUCAGGCAUUCGUUAUUAAUUAUGUACAAGCCUCCCAAGUGGAAGAUUGUGAGCUGGUUCUUAAGAAGGGUGUGAGUACUACCCAAAACAAAGCCGUUGACGUCCGCACUACCCAAAUCAAAGCCGUUGAUGUCCACAUGAGUACUUAUUUCCUCUUAAGUUUGUUAUUAAUCAUUUACUUUGUGCUCAGCACUUGGUAGUUCACGCACCAUGAAAAAGGUGGUAGGGAUGUCAAACAAACCCCACACUAAUGACACUACCAUUCUAUCUGUGCGAUUGUGCAUUGAACUUGUUAUGGCUCGCCAGACUUCGUGCAAUACAUUUUAAUGUUGUUGUAUGGUUAAAUGUGUAUUUGUUUCCAAUUGUAAUGUGUAUUGGUUUCCAAAUUUGAACUCGUAAAUUUAAAUUUAACAUGAUUCUGUUUAUUUUAUAUCAAACAUUAACUCGUAAUUAAAAUUGAUGAAAUUUCAU